AUGGUGGCUAAUCGGUCUCGAUUUCCCGAGGCAGACUUUGUGGUCUUUCACAACUGGGAGCUGGCCCUUUCUCAUACUGAACAGUUGCCUUUGAAUCUCAUACGUCCAGAGAAGCAGAGGUGGGUCUGGUUGACCGUGGAGAGCCCAAUGUUCAAUGGGAAUGUGAAGCCCUUGAAUGGAUAUUUUAACUUGACUAUGACCUACCGCCGUGAUUCAGACAUUUACGUGCCUUAUGGAAUGCUGGUGCCAAAAAACAAUGUGUCUGAAGAGCCUCUUGAGAAUUUCAUUCCAAAGAACAAGGAUAAGUUGGUUUGUUGGAUAGUCAGCAAUCAUAAUAAAGUAGCCUAUUUGCGAACGGCUGUAUACGAAAAGCUGAAAACGGUGAUACCAGUGGAAGUGUACGGGAGAGGGGGUAAAGGGCGUAUACCUGAGAAGGAUUUGUUAUCCACAAUCUCUAGCUGUUACUUCUACCUAGCCUUUGAAAAUUCUGUUAAAGAUUACAUAACAGAGAAGUUAUGGUACAAUGCCUACAGCGGUGGAGCUGUGCCUGUAGUUCUUGGUCCUAGUCGGGAGAAUUAUGAAGCAAUGACAGACAAAGAUUCUUUCAUCCAUGUAAAUGACUUCAAUACCGUAGAGGAGCUUUGA